CAUUACGCCACAACAAACACUCAAAAUGUAAACAAUGCCGUGUAUAAAAUGGUUUGUUUAUUUACACAUCAUGAACUGCGUUAGAAGACGGGCCAUAUGCACUCCUGUGAAAGAGCAAGCCAAAGAAACACGCAAGGCUGAUACAAACGAAAGCGUAUCGAACAAGUGUGCUGAGUUUCGCGUGCGAUCGGUGGUGCUGUUCGAGCUUCUUGUGAGUUUGAUGAAAAAUUUGGUCUGUGUCCUGCUGUUCAACGGGGUAGAAGAGGAAACAUCGUACGAAAAGAAUGUAAGAACCGGUGUUCUGAGCGGAGAUGCAUCCGUUAAUCGCAGUAGGUCAGUAAAGGGAACCUUAAAGGAAAGUAUAAAAGCGGAUAGAGGUGGACACCAAGCAAAGAAAAGCUAUCUACAUGAAACGAGCAAUUACAUGUGCUCGUUUUUUAUGAGGCAAUAUGGUGUUUUACGGGGUCUUUUCAGCGUGCACUACAGGAAAACAUCAAUCUUAAGCAAUGCUGCAACAAUCAUACUACCUUGCGUAAAGACCAUCGCCUUAAAAGAGUUUCAUCCAAUAUCCACCUAUUUACUACACAACGUGCUGCUCUCUUUAACACUGAGGGCAACCGGUCUGCCUAUGAUUUGCCUUUUCUUGUACACACGAACAAUUUCAUAUCUGCAGAUAUACUUUGCGCUCACGAUCCUGAUGCUGCUUUCGAAAGAAAAGGUCGUAACUAUCCUGGCACAGACCUUUCUUGUGCUACAUAGGUUCACACUGAUAACACCUUUGCUGGUUCUGACAGCAUGCAACAUCGUUGAAAGUUACCUGAACAGGAAAAAAAUGCACAUUCUCUCUUUUGCGGUCAUAGCUGUGCCUUUGCUUGCCUGCAUGAUGAAACACUUGCUCAACAGAGAGCAGUUUGAAGAAACCGACAAGUACGUGAUUGAUAGGGCAGUGGUAAGGAUAAAAAAUUACCAUGGAGACGCGUUAGAGGGCACGUAUGAAAUUAUCAAGGUGCACGAAGAGGAUGACGAUGAACCGGCAAAAGUAGAUGAAGAGGAGCGCGAAACAAACGGUUACAAGAUAGAUGAGACGAACAACACGCGCUCAGAUAGCGCGGAGAACAGAGAUCUAAAGGGACUGGAGAAGAGAAUUGUGGGCACGAUACGUGGCGAAAAUGACAAUAGAGUUGGUGACAACACCAAAGAUACUGGUAACAACGGGAGAGAAGGAAUGAAGCUCGGGGACAACAAGGCAGACGAGGUUGGAGCGGAGAAAGAGCACGACGAGAAAAAUCAAAAGAGUGAACAAAAACAGAAUAAAAGUAACGGAGAUAACAAACCGGACACUGCCAAGAAGGGCAGACGAGAACAAAAACAUAACAACAACCCAGAUUCGUUCAUCAGGCAAAAUGAACUAAUUCGCUUAAAAAAUAUCGAAACAUCGAAAUUUAUUUCAUCAACAACGGACAAAGUCGACCAAAAGUUCCACAAAAUUGAGAUGAAAGACAGCAACGAGCAGAGUUUCAGUCUAUGGCGGAUCUCCAACACGAACAGAAACAAGGAGUACGUUACUGCACGUUCGUUCUUCAAGCUCAAAAACGCCAAUACAAAUUUGAUGCUGGGCAUUCGUUCUGAUGGCAUGCUUAAUGGAAGCAAUGAGAGCAAAAUCACGAGGCAGACAUUUAUGAUCACCGAGUGCACAAACCAUGCGUACUAUAAAAUGGUGCAGGAGAGCGAAGACAUGUUGCGAAUGGCCAACGAAAAGACACAGGCACCCGAUCGUGUAUCUGAGAUUCGCGUGGAUUUGGCAGUUAAUUUCAUUGAUUUUUUGAAGUUCUGUGUUAUUGUAUGUAUUAUGCUUCUCGGCUACGUGCUGUACAAGAGAUAUGACUUUGGUUGGUCUAUGGACGAGAGCAUCAUAAUAUUCCUUGUCUUUCUGGGAUGCAGCGUAUUUCUGAGUACAGAAUUUUUUGCUUACGUGCAAUACCUCACCGUUCUGAAACUUACUAAACAGUUCAUCGUUGGUAUGAGAAGCUUCGUACGACCGUCCUUGCGUAAGGUGUAGAUGCUUGCGAUAAUGUUUGUUGGUUCUUAUGUUCAGUAAAAGUUUUAAAGUUUUUU